UCAGCACACUUCUACUUGGCUGCACAGGAGAACAGCGAUGGAACGCUACACCCUCUGCUUGCUGGUGGCUGCCCUCUUCAUAGGGAGUGAGGCGUACCUACCCGUGAACUAUAAGUGCGGAGUCCAACCCAAGUCAAGAGACAACUGUGGCAAUCCUGACAUCACUGAGGAAAAAUGUCUGGAGAAGGGUUGUUGCUAUGACAGUUCAGUGAUGGACAGCAUCUGGUGCUACAAUCCAUGGAAAUUUGAAGCCACCGAGUGUAAUCCAGUGGAGCCCAGAGCCAGAGUCAACUGUGGGUACAACGGCAUCUCUGAGAAGGACUGUACAGGCAAAGGAUGCUGCUUUGAUGACAGCGUUCCCCAAGUGGUGUGGUGUUACCAGCCAGAAAUUCAAGCAGUGGAACAUGACUGCAAUGCUGUAAGUCCCCAUACGAGAAAAAAUUGCGGAGACCCCGGCGUCAGCCCUGAUGAGUGCAUGAAAAGCGGAUGUUGCUUCGACAGCAGUGUAUCUGGUGUACCCUGGUGCUUCAAACCCGAAGUUAAGAGAGAGACCAUCCAGUGCGCCAUCCUGCCCAAACAGAGAGUGAACUGUGGCUACUCCGGCAUUGACAUGGAUCAAUGUUACAAGAAGGGCUGUUGCUUCGACUCCAGUGACCCCGAUGCCGCAUGGUGCUUCUACCCAGACAUCACAAAUGUGGUAAUCGUGGAGUAAGAAGAUCGCCAGGUCACUCACUGCUGAUUCUGUCCACGUUCGCUGCACGCCCCGUUCUGUCUGAUUCUUCUGUUUCCUGGUAUUCAGCAGUGUCUGUUUCUAUCUCCUGUACAAUUUUGUGUUGCUUUCAGAAACAAUACAUUCAUAAAUCACACUGCA